AAUAACUUGAAGAGCACAAAGGAGAGGAGGAAGGAGCAGGUUCCAUAUUCCCUUGAUAGGAUAGGAACCGACUGUGUAAAGAAACCCAAGGAUAGAAAGUAAAGCUCGCGCUUUCUGUGAUUCUUUCUCCAACUUGGUACAAACAGUUCUUGCUGCUGGACCGCAUAUCAUCCGGGCUCCAAACUAUUCCCCUUGUGCUAUUAAAGCCCAGGAGACGAGACCGCCCGACCAUGAUCUCACCGGAGAACAAUGGCCGGUCGGGUGCCAAGCCAGAAAGCGGGCGAGGCCAUGGCGACGACGAAUCCGUUCGAGUUCCAAGUGUACGGCCCGAGGCACCUGUCGUCCCCCAGCUGGUGGGAUCUCCUCCGUUCGAGCUGGAAGGAUCCGAACUACCGGCGGAUGGUGGUCGCAUGCUUCAUCCAGGGCGUGUACCUGCUGGAGCUGGACCGUCAGGACAAGCGCGACGAGCGCACGGGCCUGGCGCCGCAGUGGUGGCGCCACUUCAUGUACAGGCUCGCCGAGACGCUCGUCGACGAGCGCGACGGCUCCAUCUACGGCGCCGUGCUCGAGUGGGACCGCCAGGCCUUGCUGGCCGGCUACGCCCCGUUCCGCCCCGCCGGCGCGCCGGCCGCCGUCGUGGCGCUCCGCGGCACGCUGCUGAGCGGGGCCACGUUCCGGCGCGACGUCGUGGACGACCUCCGCUUCCUCGCCUGGGACAGCCUCAAGGGCUCCGUGCGCUUCGCGGGGGUGCUGGCCGCGCUGCGCGCCGCGGCGCGACGGCACGGCGCCCGCAACGUGUGCGUGGGCGGGCACUCGCUGGGCGCCGGGUUCGCGCUGCAGGUGGGAAAGGCGCUGGCCAAGGAAGGCAUGUUCGUGGAGUGCCACGUGUUCAACCCGCCGUCUGUGUCGCUGGCCACGAGCCUAAGGGGCUUCGCCGAGACGGCCGGCGAGAUGUGGGGCCGAGUACGCGCCUGGCUGCCCUACGUGGGCUCCACCGCGGCGGCGGACGCCAGCACCGGCGAGGGGGCGAAGGCGCCGACGCUGGAGCGCGCGGGGACGGCCAAAUGGCUGCCGCACCUGUACAUCAACACCAACGACUACAUCUGCUGCUACUACACCGACGCGGCGGCCGGGACGGCGACCGUGACGGCCGGAGGAGGAGGGAGCGAGAGCAGUAAGACGGCGGCGGGAGGGGGCGGCGGGAUGAGCAGCGCUGGGCUGGCGAGGAUGGUGCUGGUGUCUAAGGGGCCGACCAAGUUCUUGGACGCGCACGGGCUGCAGCAGUGGUGGGCCGACGACGUCGAUCUGCAGGUGGCGCUCAACCACAGCAAGCUCAUCGACCGCCAGCUCAGGUCGCUCUACGCGCCACCGCCGGCCGCGCCGCAGAUGUGAGGCUGUAGUGCUGCACCAGUUGACAAGGCUUUUGAACAAUAAAGCCACGCCAUUGGUGAUCUGAGCUAGCUCACGAAUGAUGAACCCUUCCUGAAUGAAUGUGAACAUUCUAAAAGCAAAUUGUUGUGGAUAGGGAUGUUAAUUGGUGAUCUUUAGGUGCAUCUCCAAUCCUCUUUAGUUCAAAAUUUUGUACUAUUUCUUCAAAAUGAUAUCUCAAUUUAAAAAAUUAGUGCAAAACUUUAAACUAAAGAGGGUUAGAGGUGCA